UGCGUGUCCAUCGAAUCGCCAGGCUGUUUGCAUGGAGACAUUACCCCUACACCCUGUAUUGGCGCUGACUCAGGGUCGUCCUACUGCCUUAAAUCGGUCGGCACCCAAGUUUCUGGUCAAGUGGUCUUCAGGACAUGCAGCAAGACCCUCCAGACCAACUGCUCGUUGACGUUCAUGGAAGGCGAAUUCUACAACAUCUGCCACGACUCUUGUGUCCAGGAUGGUUGUAACGUGGCCUCGGCCACUGGGCUCAGCUUGCUAACUGCCGGACUGAUCGGUUUGUUCUAUGGAUUAUGA